UUAACUUCCUUUCAUUAGUAUUAUUGACGUACAACUUUGGGGUUCUUAUAAAAGAACUGUGACUAUCACACACUUAUCGUUCAUAACUAUCUGAGCGACAAAAACUUAUAUACAAUGGCAGCUAAGGUAAUUUAACUGAGAGUGAUCGUGUAAUUUUAAACAAAAUUAAUUUAAAAAAUGGUGACAAAUUUUGAAGCCAUGAGUAAUAUCUCUUACUCGUUAUACUUUAUUGCAGUACGUGAUUAUCGUUAUGCUGGUGGCAGCUGCUCAGGGCAGCGCCAUCCACGGGGCUGAUUACACCAGCUUCUCGUACGGUGUCUCAGACCCGCACACCGGUGACGUCAAGAGCCAGCACGAGACCCGCGUCGGUGACAACGUAGUCGGCCAGUACUCCCUCCUCGACUCUGACGGCACAAAGCGCACUGUAGACUACGCUGCUGAUGCCCACUCUGGAUUCAACGCUAUCGUCCGCAAGGACCCCGCCCUCGUCGCCCACGCCGCUCCCGUGGUGGCUCACGCCGCUCCUCUCGCCUACUCCGCACCCGCCAUCGCCGCGCCUGCCAUCGCUGCCCCUCUGGCGUACGCUGCUCACACGCCCGCUGUCUCCGCCGUAUCCGCUUACUCCACCUCCCUCGCCCCCGUCGCUGCAUACGCCGCACCCCUCGCCCAUGGUGUGUCCUUAGGCGGUCUCGGUGCCUAUGCAUCUCCCCUCGGCUAUGCCAAAUACUAUUAA